AUGUUUCCUGGUCUGGGCAUAUCCAGCCAGUUUCCCACAGGCCGCAAGCCCGACUGCUGCAAGACGUGGGACUGGAGCUGGUGCAAAUGCACGGAGUACAAAGACGGGUGGUACUACGACGCUGGGGAGUGUGUCUACAGCCGCGACCACGACUAUGAGUGUCCGGACUGUUGCGACGACUGCGACUACCUGUGGAAAAAGUGCAACAGGUACAAGCACGGCUGGGCCUACGAACACGGCAGCUGCUACUACCGAGACGACUACAAGUGCCCGGACUGCUGCGAGGAAUGCGACUAUGACGGCAAGUACUGCAAGAAGUAUAAGUACGGAUACUCCUAUGAGUACGGCGAGUGCAUUUAUGGGGCUGACGACGAUGAUGGGGAUGAUGACGAUGAUGACGAUGAUGACAGUGAUGAUGAUGACGGAAAGAGCUACGAGUGUCCGCAUUGCUGCGAGGAUUGCGACUAUGACGGAUGGAGCUGCAAGAGCUACAAGCACGGGUGGGCUUAUGAGGACGACAGCUGCUACUACAAGGACGAAUACGAGUGCCCGAAUUGCUGCGAAGAGUGUGACUACGAGGGCAAGUACUGCAAGAAGUAUAAGCAUGGGUGGGGCUACGACAAGGGCAGCUGCUACUAUAGGGAGGAUUACAAAUGCCCAGAUUGCUGCGAGGAGUGCGAUUACGACGGCAAGUACUGCAAGAAGUAUAAGCACGGGUGGAGUUACGACAAGGGCAGUUGUUAUUACAAGGAUGACUACCAGUGCCCGGAAUGCUGCGACUGGUGCGAUUUCGGGGAGAGGAAGUGUGGGAGCUACAAGGCCGGGUGGGAGUACGUGCACGGCGAGUGCAGGCGCAAGGAUUGGGGGCCUUCCCAUGGGUCCCCAACAGCUAAGGCGUCAGCAAGCGCCGAGUGCUUCGGAAAAUACCAGGAUUGCUCCACCCACACCGAAACCAAGACAUCGACCACGCCUUACAGCUCCAAGUCGUCCAGCUACUCGUCUUUGAAGAUUGUGGGAAGGUGA